UUCCCAACGUGUGCUUGAACACCGGAUGCUGGCCUCAGGACUUGUCCCCUUGGCUGCUGCUCGCAGAAAUUCUACAGAAUGGCCGCCAUGGAUGGCGCGCAGAGCAUCAAGACACAAGCACAGGAUAAAGACAGUGAUUGGCAAGUGAGGUCAUUGAUCGCGGGACCCUAUCAGUUUGGCGUCUGAGACUGUUUCCUCCCUCCCUCUCCCCGACUCCGUACCCACGGACGGCGCUUCUCAGCCCGCUAUAAUAUCCCUGAGGCACCCAGGCUGCCUUGGCCGCAGUCGCCAUGUUCCCCGCCCAGCUCCACGCCGUGCUACUCCCCCUGCUGCUGCUCGCGACCGUCUUCGCAGGCGUCGCGGCGCAGUCGGACCAGGCCGUCGCCUUAGACUUCUCAGACGUGAUCUUCAACCCGCCAGAGGUAUGGCAUUCGGCCCUCAGCAACGAGUGUGGACCAGGGGGCACCGACCAUUACACGGUGCAGAUGAACGCCUCUGCUCAGUUCAACUUCGUCGGUACGCCCCAUCCCGCAGUCUGCGAGAGCUGCCGUUGAUCAACGCGGAACCUUUUUGCGUGCGCGCACAGGCGACCGCAUCCAGGUGUCCGGCAUCUCGAACAACGCCAGUGGCGUCAUGCAGAUGGUCAUGGACGACCUGGAGCCUCGGGACACGAAUGCAUGGUCAAACGACGUCAUGUGCCAGACCUUUGUCGAGUGGUUCCUUGAGAACGGCACCCACACCCUCACCAUCACGCUCAUCGCCUUCGACCCCAUCGUGAACCCCACCACAGUGCUCCCUGGCAACGAGGAGGGGCAAAACGCGCCGGUGCUGCACCUCACGAACAUCACGUAUGCCUUCGG